AAAAAAAAAACUAGAUGGCGCGACACUGGUUCAGCAAGAAAAUGAAUCUCGGAAGAAACGUCGUUUCCAUUUCAUUAGUUCCGCAACGGGUAAACAGCCAAUGCAGUUCCCUUUCACAGCCAAUUUCUGACAUCGACCAGUAAUCAGUAACGCUGGAAUAUCGCAAGGCCAGCGUAGCCAGCAUCGAAUUUACUAACGUUUGGGCGUUUUUACAGAGAAUAUGACCGGGGUGUGAAUGUGCUGAGAGCCUGGUAAGCAAGCUCACCUGUUUAUGCUGCGGUGGUGAUGGAGAACACCGAGCAGCUCUCGCCCCUUCGGAUCCAUCCUACCGUCCGAGCCCUCAGCUCUGCACUGCGAGGGAAGCGUGAAAAUGUCCACGGCUUUAACCGCGGAAACGGUGACAGGGUAUUCCCCGAACCGGAGAAGCUUUGGUUCAAGGAAAGCAGCGCUAAAAACCUGCGAAACAGGGACUUCUUGUCCCCGACCACGAUGCUCAACACGCUGUAUGCGGACGGACAGGUUCCUCCUGCAGUGAUGUCCAGAGUUCUAUCACUUCGGGGCAGUGGGGUACUCCCUGUCGCAGGUGGGGAGGUGAUGGGUGAAGGAUUAAGACUGCGGGUGGACCGGGCUGCAGCGUUCAGGGCUGUCCUGGUGGGUGGAACCACAGAGUACCUAAAGCCCUCGCAUCAGAGGGAAGGUUGCGUGGUGCUCAACUGCCCAGUACUGCAUCCUAAACCCAACACACCCACCCCUGACACACUGAGUUUAGGUCAGCUCAGGACUGUUCUGUUGGCUGACCACAUGGGGGCACUGCUGAGAAGACAGGGAUUUACAGUGUUAUAUUGCCCCACACUUCCUGAAGACAGUGACAUCAUCGCUUUCCUCCGAGCCCUUGGAAUCGCUUGGCCGACAUCUCCGGCUAAUUGGACCAAUGAGGAGCGGGAAGAGAAGAUCCAUAAGGCACUCGAGAACUCACCCUACAGAGAGAGGGGGACGGAGAGAGGCAGAAGAACCAGUGGAGGGGGUGGGAGGAAAGCAGAAGAGGGAGAGAACGAGGGAGCGCUCAGAAUCAACUUAAAACGAGUUUUCCAAGAGGAGGGGCUGCUUGGGUAUGACCCCAGUCUGGGUACCUGCACAGUUCACAGAGACAGCAUUUCCCAUCUGGCACAACUGGACUUAUCCACAGCUGAUUGCACAGUAGCCAUGGUAACAGUGUUACAUGUAACUUCCUGUCAAGAUGAAUUCCGCCAGCAGCAGAUUGCAAUGCUGUGGAGAGCCAGCGGAGAGGCUCAUACACAGAAACAUCUUGUGUGUGGACCUGUGAAGACUCCUGGGUCUAACCUCACAGCUGCACAGUACCUGCAGUUGAGAAGAGGUCAGAUGAAAGAAGCCUCAGAAGUGAAGUAUGGAGAUCAAGUGGAAGGCCAGACAUGGGAUGACAUCAUCAAGGUGAUGACCUCUGCCACGGUCAGAUUUGAGCUGCUGUCAACAGUCCACACAAGUCCCGUGACACUUGACGUCCAGAGGGAAGGAAGCGUGUCAACCAAAGGUCCACGUGGAGGAGUGUUUGUGAUGUACAAUUGCGCCAGACUGCACACUCUGUUUGAAAGCUACGAGAGAGGAGUGGAGAAGGGCCUGUACCCAGAAAUCCCCGAAGGUUCAAAGCUGGAUUUUUCUGCUCUGAAAGAAGAGGGCGAGUGGCUUCUCCUCUUCAAUUAUCUCAUUCCCUUCGCUGAACUGCUGGACCAAUCAGGAGAAGCGCUGGAUUGUGAAGGGGGAGGAGCCAGAGCGAACAUAAAGACUGAGCAGAUCUGUAAAUUUCUCGUGUCUCUCAGUAAAGACUUCAGUUCAUACUACAACAGAGUCCACGUGUUGGGGGAGCCUUUGCCCCAUCUCUUUAACCAGAUGUUUUGUCGUCUAUAUCUGCUGAGAGCAUUAAGGGAACUCUACCACAGCGCUUUGGAGACCCUCAACCUUCCCCCAAUCAGGCAGCUAUAGCCUCGUCAUAAGCCUCCUAUCCUUCACAGUUAGCUUUACCUCCACCACCUGCUCCCUAAACACACUGUCCUAUGUGCUGUGUAUCCAGCUGAGAUACUCACAUCUCUAGCAUUGUAACAGAUAAUUAUGAGAUUUCACAUCCCCACUGUGUGACAGUGUAGUUGGAGAUAAUUUAAAUCUGAAUAUCUUAAAAACAUCAUUAUAUACAAAGCUGUAUCUAUCAGAUUUGGUAUUUAUUCAGUUUGAUCUGAGUUAAAUUAUCAGUUGUUAAAGGAAUAUUUUGACUCGUGGAGGUAAAUUGGUAAAAUUUCACUCACGUGUUUGUACAGUAAAUCCUGAACUGCAACAGUAUUGUGUGAACUUAUAAAAGUUGAGCUGGACUGGCUGGGUCCAGUUGACUGGCGAUUCAAGGAAGCUGCUAAUGGUAUCUAUCUGGCCCUCUUGGCGAAACAGUGAGCAAGAGAAAUAAAGUAUUUCUUUAAGUCAGUAAACUAACUCACUAAUUGGUUCCUUCAAUUGACAUUAUCAGUAACAAGGGACUCAAAUGGACCAAUCAGCACUGUCUCAGUGUAAAACAGUAUUUCUGUCAAUACCUAUCUGUAAACAUAAAGCCACGUAGUAGAUUUGGAAAUGUUUGAACCCUAUAGCCCACAUAUCUGAGCAGAAAACAGUAACUUUUACUCAGAUUUUGGUGCCAAAAAGUAACACUGAUGUAAAUGUCCAAACUAAUCUGUAGAAAGAUCCGUUUAACUUUCUAAAACUGCCUUAUCUCGCUACCCCUCCACUUAAUGUUCAAAUAAAGAUGCUUUUCAACCAUCAGAGCUAGUUUGGAUUAUGUCUGAAUAAAGGGCCUGUUUUUUUUUUUUUGUUUUUAUAUCUUUUUUAGGUCAAUACAAGUAAAACAUUUGAUAUGGACUGAAAACUGUAAGUGCAACACACAUUAAAUAAACAGCCAAACUUUGGUUCAACAAAAAGAGGUGGUCUCAACCUGGAUCAAUCCACACAAAAUGGAAAGGAACCGUGUUGUCUGUUAAUGUAAUUAAUCCACAUUUAAAGACAACCAAACUAUUUCUCAGGUGGUUGAAAAGCUUAAUUGUGGUUUCUCUGUAAAACACAUGCAAAUGUCUUCGUCACUACCAAAAGAAAGAGGGAGUAAGAUGAACAAAAAAAGGCUUUGUUUCACUCUUGAAGAUUUCAUUUCAUCUAAGUAAACCACCUUGUAUUUAUCAGUGCCACAGAUAUAUUUAUUGAGACCUGUACACAAUAUAUAUUCUGCAUCUGAGUCUUAAUGGCUGUGUUCAUAUGAAUAUCCAGUCUUUCAAUUAGGCAAGGCACGUUUAUUUGUGUAGCAGAUUUAAUGUAAAAGACUAUUCAAAAUCAGUUAUCCUGCUUGACAAAUCACAGAUAUUAGUAUAAUGGCUGCUUAUAAGUUAUUUACAAAAAUAGUACAGUAGCAGUUCGUAGGGCAUUGCGCCAACAUUUUAGAGAAUGCAUGAAAUGUCACGAAAACAAUGGUUAAUAAUAGAGUUUUAUGCCAAAAAAUCU